AUGAGCUCGGAAACCACUCCUUCAGAGGCUGUGCCUCCAUACAGCUCCUUCAGUACGGCCAAAAAAAGGUACAUCGUGGCCACUGCGGCUGGAGCUGGUCUAUUUUCUUCUUUGUCUGCGCAAAUUUACUUUCCGGCCUUGAACACGUUGGCCGAUGAUCUCAACGUGUCAACGUCCUUGAUCAAUUUGACUGUGACUAGUUACAUGAUCUUCCAGGGCAUUGCGCCCAUGUUUAUAGGAGAUUUUGCAGACAGAACCGGCCGUCGACCCGCAUAUAUCAUAUGCUUUGUGAUUUACAUUGCCUCCAACAUCGGACUAGCCUUGCAAGAUAGCUACACAGCUCUCAUUGUCUUGCGAUGCUUGCAAAGUUCCGGAAUCAGCAGUAGUGUGGCAUUGUCCGCUGCCACGGUCGCCGAUGUCAGCACCAAACAGGAACGAGGCUCCAUGAUGGGCUUUGUCAUGGCGGGGAACUUCAUGGGUCCUGCUAUUGGGCCAAUUAUUGGUGGUCUAUUAGCCCAAUAUUUGGGGUGGAGGUCCAUUUUCUGGUUCCUUACAAUUGCCUCGGGUGUGUUCCUGUUGCCCCUCCUGUUCUUCCUCCCCGAGACCGCUCGCAAUGUUGUCGGAGAUGGCUCAUUGCCUGCGCAACCGUGGAAUCGACCAUUCAUUCAAUAUCUUCGGCCUCGGGACGUGAGGGUGAGUAAGGACACGGGCUCGUCCACGGACAGUAUCGACAGGCCGGACAGCCAUGACUCUCCUAAGAAAAUUGAGCACAAGCUACAGUUCCCCAAUCCACUGAAGCCACUGAUCCUUGUGUGGCAUCCAAAUUCAAUUAUCAUUCUUCUGGUGACUGGUGUCAUCAUGGGCGGUAACAUGACUGUGCUUUCCUCCAUCACGGAGAUCUAUACGGCUCAAUACGGCCUGGAUGAGCUUGAGAUCGGCCUCUGCUAUAUCACACUAGGCACUGGGUCUAUUGUCGCCUCUGUGAUCACUGGACGUCUCCUGGAUUGGAACUACAAGCGCAUGGCGGCGAAGCUGGCCAGCGAUCCCACCUCCGAGCACGUCGGCACAGCGGACUCGGUCCCCGUCGAAAAGUCCCGGAGCAUGAUCACAAUCCCACUUGUGAUUCUGGGCAGUGUGACUGUGCUGGCUUUUGGUUGGGUACUCAAAUUCGGAGAGCCUCUUCCCGCGCCCGAAGUGCUCUUGUUCUUCGUUGGCGUCGGACAGACCGGUGGAUUUAUUUCUACAUCUACUCUGCUGGUAGACUUACACACUUCCAACCCUGCCGCUGCCACAGCGGCAAACAACAUGGUUCGAUCGUUCUUUUCGGCUGGAGCAUCUGCCGCGAUUGAUCCCAUGUUGACAGCCAUGGGUCGCGGGUGGGCAUUCACGUUGGUAGCGUUUAUUCUCUUGUCUACAAUCCCAUUCCUGCUGUUGCUUUGUGGAAUGGGGCGUAAAAAGGAGUCUUCAGAGAAAUUAGAAAGCUCUGCAGAGAGAGCAGAGGUCCCUGCCUCUCCCCAAAGGGUGGAGGACUAA